AUGGAUGCCAAGUCGCCAAAAGUGCUGCCGCCGCUGCGCAUCGUGAUCUGCCCGUGGCUCGCGUUCGGCCACAUGCUCCCGUACCUGGAGCUCGCAGAGCGCCUGGCGUCGCGUGGCCACCGCGUGUCCUACGUCUCCACGCCCAGGAACCUCGCGCGCCUGCCGCCGCGGCGCCACGCCGUGGACCUCGUGGCGCUCCAGCUCCCGAGGGUGGAGGGCCUCCCCGAGGGCGCCGAGUCCACCAACGACGUCCCCGGCGACAGGCUCAAGCCGCUCUGGGAGGCCUUCGACGGCCUCGCCGCGCCGUUCACGGAGUUCCUGAGCGCUGCGUGCGCCGGUGACGAGGUGAGCCGGCCGGACUGGAUCUUGGUCGACACGUUCCACCACUGGGCACCCGCCGUCGCCGCGGCGCACAGGGUGCCGUGCGCGAUGCUCCAGCCCAGCGCGGCCACGAUAGCGGCGUGGGCGUUCGGGGCGCGGGACCGCGCGGAGCUCGGCGCGGCCUCCAUAUUCGAGCAGCUCACCACCGUGGAGGAGCCACCGGCGGGCAUGCCGCGCUACGAGUGGGAUGGGGACGCGGCGUUGUUCACACCUGUCGGCACGUCAGGUAUGUGGAUCGCCCGGCGCAUCACCUUGACACUGGAGGGGUGCGCGAUCACCGCCAUGCGGAGCUGCCCCGAGUGGGAGCUCCACGCCUUCUCGCAUGCCGCCGCGCUCCUCGGCAAGCCACUCGUCCCCCUCGGCCUCCUGCCACCGUCGCCGGACGGAGGCCGCGGCGCCGGCAUGAACAGAGACGACGCCACCGUGCGCUGGCUGGAUGCGCAGCCACCCAAGUCGGUCGUGUACGUCGCGCUGGGCAGCGAGGUGCCGCUGCGCGUGGAGCUGGUCCACGAUCGAGCUGGCUCAUGGGCUCGAGCUCGCCGGGACACGAUUCCUCUGGGCGCUGAGGAAGCCUAG